GUGACCAGGUGAAACUAAUUAUAUAAGUAGCAUGUUUAGGGUGGUGGUGGCUAUAGUAUUUGGGCAAAGUGUAGAUUUUAUGUUAGUAGUGGGGCCUCCUUUUGGUAAUCUUCUUUUGAGAUAUGUCAUGGGCAAUGAAGGGGCUCCAUCUAAUUUUCAUUGCUUUGGUUCUUUGGAGAGAUACAAGUGGAUUCGGAGUGUGGAAUACAACCUCUGUUGUUGAUUGGCAAGCUGGACGCUCUAAUGCAACAUGGAACCAAAAUUUUCACUUCGCUACGCCUGUUCAAGCUUUGGAGCUACUGUCCAGAAAAAGUGCAAAUGGAAAUGUUGACGGAGGAAAUUCUAGUAGUUUCAGUUAUACUUCAGAAGUCCAAACUGCUCAACAGGAUUCUAGUUUUGUUCAGUCUUCUGGUGGUGCUGCUCAAGGUAAACCUGUACUAAAUGCUCAAGGUCAAGCAACUCCCAUGGUUCAACCGCAGGACAACUUGAUGACUCAGUCCUCAAGGCUCUAUUGGUUUGAAUCUCUCAAGCCUGAAAACUGUGGCACUUUGCUCUCUCAAUCUUGGCCUCAAAAAGGUCAGAAUAACGGUGGAUUCCAAAGACCAUCCAGGUUCCAGUUUGGAGGCACUGCAAACCAGACAUCUGGAUCCCAGACCCAGUCGUCAUACCAGCCUAGCACCACAACACAGGUUCAGACAGGCGAGUCUAUUGCCCAGCCUGAGUCUUUCGGAGCUUCAGCUUCAUAUCCAAGUCAAACCUCUGGCAUGUACUCUGUUGUACAGGGUCCUCUGAUUGCAUCCUCUUCCCAAAUGCCUGGGUUCCACAUCCAGUCAUCAUACCAGCCUGGCACCACAACACAGGUUCAGACAGGCCAGUCUGCGUCUACAUCUCAGGCUCAGUCCUCUGGUGCGUCAACGUUGUAUCAAGGGAUUAGCUCUGGCAGGUAUCUGACUUCACUGGGUCAUAUAAUUCCAUCCUCCUCCCAGUCUGUGGUCACUACAAACCAGACAUCUGGAUCCCAGACCCAGUCAUCAUACCAGCCUAGCACUACAACGCUCCUUCAGACAGGCCAGCCUGUUCUUCCUCAGAGUCAGCCUUCGGGAGCUUCUGCUUCAUAUCCAAGUCAAACCUCUGGCGUGUACAAUAUUGCACAGCGUCCAUUGACUGCAACCCUUUCCGAAAUACCUGGGUUCCACAUCCAGUCAUCAUACCAGCCUGGCACUACAACACUGCUUCAGACAGGCCAGUCUGCGUCUACAUCUCAGGCUCAGUCCUCUGGUGCAUCAACAUUGUAUCAAGGAAUUAGGAGGAAUGUGACUUCUCUGGGUCAUGGCUUUCCAUACUCAACCCAGUCUGUGGUGACUGCAAACCAGACAUCUGGAUCCCAGACCCAGUCAUCAUACCAGCCUGGCACUACAACACUGCUUCAGACAGGCCAGUCUGCUCCUACAUCUCAGGCUCAGUCCUCUGGUGCAUCAACAUUGUAUCAAGGAAUUAGGAGAAAUGUGACUUCUCUGGGUCAUGGCUUUCCAUACUCAACCCAGUCUGUGGUGACUGCAAACCAGACAUCUGGAUCCCAGACCCAGUCAUCAUACCAGCCUGGCACCACAACACUGCUUCAGACAGGCCAGUCUGCUUCUACAUCUCAGGCUCUUGGCAGCCCUGGAGCUGCACCUUCAGGACAUGCUAAAUGGUACACCAUUGUACAAGGUCAGACAAUUCCAUCUUCUCAAGCGUCUGAAUCCCAGACCCAGUCAUCAUACCAGCCUAGCACUACAACACUGCUUCAGACAGGCCAGCCUGUUCUUCCUCAGAGUCAGCCUUCGGGAGCUUCUGCUCCAUAUCCAAGUCAAACCUCUGGCGUGUACAAUAUUGCACAGCGUCCAUUGACUGUAACCCUUUCCGAAAUACCUGGGUUCCACAUCCAGUCAUCAUACCAGCCUGGCACCACAACACAGGUUCAGACAGGCCAGUCUGCGUCUACAUCUCAGGCUCAGUCCUCUGGCGCAUCAACGUUGUAUCAAGGGAUUAGCUCUGGCAGGUAUCUGACGUCACUGGGUCAUAUAAUUCCUUCCUCCUCCCAGUCUGUGGUCACUACAAACCAGACAUCUGGAUCCCAGACCCAGUCAUCAUACCAGCCUGGCACUACAACACUGCUUCAGACAGGCCAGUCUGCUUCUACAUCUCAGGCUCAGUCCUCUGGUGCAUCAACAUUGUAUCAAGGAAUUAGGAGGAAUGUGACUUCUCUGGGUCAUGGCUUUCCAUACUCAACCCAGUCUGUGGUGACUGCAAACCAGACAUCUGGAUCCCAGACCCAGUCAUCAUACCAGCCUGGCACCACAACACUGCUUCAGACAGGCCAGUCUGCUUCUACAUCUCAGGCUCUUGGCAGCCCUGGAGCUGCACCUUCAGGACAUGCUAAAUGGUACACCAUUGUACAAGGUCAGACAAUUCCAUCUUCUCAAGCGUCUGAAUCCCAGACCCAGUCAUCAUACCAGCCUAGCACUACAACACUGCUUCAGACAGGCCAGCCUGUUCUUCCUCAGAGUCAGCCUUCGGGAGCUUCUGCUCCAUAUCCAAGUCAAACCUCUGGCGUGUACAAUAUUGCACAGCGUCCAUUGACUGUAACCCUUUCCGAAAUACCUGGGUUCCACAUCCAGUCAUCAUACCAGCCUGGCACCACAACACAGGUUCAGACAGGCCAGUCUGCGUCUACAUCUCAGGCUCAGUCCUCUGGCGCAUCAACGUUGUAUCAAGGGAUUAGCUCUGGCAGGUAUCUGACGUCACUGGGUCAUAUAAUUCCUUCCUCCUCCCAGUCUGUGGUCACUACAAACCAGACAUCUGGAUCCCAGACCCAGUCAUCAUACCAGCCUGGCACUACAACACUGCUUCAGACAGGCCAGUCUGCUUCUACAUCUCAGGCUCAGUCCUCUGGUGCAUCAACAUUGUAUCAAGGAAUUAGGAGGAAUGUGACUUCUCUGGGUCAUGGCUUUCCAUACUCAACCCAGUCUGUGGUGACUUCAAACCAGACAUCUGGAUCCCAGACCCAGUCAUCAUACCAGCCUGGCACCACAACACUGCUUCAGACAGGCCAGUCUGCUUCUACAUCUCAGGCUCUUGGCAGCCAUGGAGCUGCACCUUCAGGACAUGCUAAAUGGUACACCAUUGUACAAGGUCAGACAAUUCCAUCUUCUCAAGCGUCUGGAUCCCAGACCCAGUCAUCAUACCAGCCUAGCACUACAACACUGCUUCAGACAGGCCAGCCUGUUCUUCCUCAGAGUCAGCCUUCGGGAGCUUCUGCUCCAUAUCCAAGUCAAACCUCUGGCGUGUACAAUAUUGCACAGCGUCCAUUGACUGCAACCCUUUCCGAAAUACCUGGGUUCCACAUCCAGUCAUCAUACCAGCCUGGCACUACAACACUGCUUCAGACAGGCCAGUCUGCGUCUACAUCUCAGGCUCAGUCCUCUGGCGCAUCAACAUUGUAUCAAGGAAUUAGGAGGAAUGUGACUUCUCUGGGUCAUGGCUUUCCAUACUCAACCCAGUCUGUGGUGACUGCAAACCAGACAUCUGGAUCCCAGACCCAGUCAUCAUACCAGCCUGGCACCACAACACUGCUUCAGACAGGCCUGUCUGCUUCUACAUCUCAGGCUCAGUCCUCUGGUGCCUCAACAUUCUAUCAAGGGAUUAGCUCUGGCAGGUAUCUGACUUCACUGGGUCAGAGCAUUCCAUCCUCCUCCCACUCUGUGGUCACUACAAACAAAAUCUCUGGAUUGCAGGACCAGUCAUUUCAGCCUGACACCACAACAAAUGCUUUGGUGGGUCAGUCUGCUUCUACAUCUUUGGCUCACGGCAACUUUCAGGCUCCAAAUUGGCAUACGAUAACUCCUCCUAGAUUCCAUAAUUUGCUACGGAACGUGUCGGUUUCUCAAUCUCUGAGCUCUGAUCCCCAAACAAGAACAAUCAACAAUAUUUUGCCGUUUCUGAACCAAAGUGCUGGGACUUCUGCCAUGUCUCAGAAUAAUGUACAGACCCCAGCAUUUCACACAUCUACACACUUCUCACCUGUCCCACAAACUGUUGCCACUCCCCCAGUCUCUCUACCCAAGCCUUGCCGACAGACACAAUGCUCAAUGGUGGAGAGUGCAAUUGCCUCUAUAGCAUCCAGCCAAACCUCUCCUCGUGUUGCCACAUCAUCUCAAGGCACAGGCUCUUUUGCUGCUGUACCCAUUCCAGGUACCUCACAGAAUUUUGCAGGCAUUGAUUUCCAGGGUACAUUGCCAGUACAUGACCAGUACAGCUCGGUGUGUAACUUUCCAUUUGGUUUCUGCAAUUCUCCUCAAGGAGCUGCAAACAACAAAUUUGUUCGAAGCCAGAGUGUACAGACACACAACCUGUGAACCAAGAAUUCAUGGGACACUUUCUGGAAUCAGUGCCUCAUCAGCAUUCUGUGUUCCACAAAGCUUUUCCAAUACACCUGAAAUUGUGAGCUCAGCCACUUACAGCUCCCCCCCAUUUCCCAACACCAGGCCCUCCUGACAAUCUCAACUGUAAGAUUAACUACUGAGUGCUUUGAUCGCUGACUGAAUAUGCUCAUUUGUGGUGCUUUUUAUUGUUUGCCUGAAUUUUUGUUGCAAUAAAAGGAGAAUGCACAUUUUGA